AUGUUUGUGCUGCCUGGAAGGCCUGAGGGGUUAGAGCCCCUGGUUGUGACCCAAGAUGGGGAAGGAAGCCCCCAAGGUCAGUGCUUAAUCUGUAGCUCUUAGAGCGGCUACAAAUGAAAGUCACCCUGACGGUGCCAGACCAUGGACCUCUGAAUUUGUAGCCAAAAUUUGUGAGUGUUCAUUUUUCUUGGAAAAAUCUGCAGUGUGGUUUCAUAAAAUACAUAAAGGGGAAUGUGACCCAAAAAGGUUACAAACCGUUGAUCUGGAGGGAGUGAGUGGAGGCAGGCUGGCACUGCUUUAUUUCUCCUCUUUGUCAUGUUUAGGGUAACUCCCAAGUAACCCCCACCCUGCCAAGACUUCUGCACGGAAUCGGUGCUCACAAUGAUCCCAUGUUGUGUGUGUGCUGUGCAAGGGAGGGCAGGAUAAGGUGCCCAGAAGGGAAUGAGGUUCUUUGGAGACAGGUGUGUUUGGGUUGAGGCUUGUUGGUAAGAUGAGCCCAGUGCCAGGUCCAUGCAGAGAGAGGGGAAAUGGCUGGAGGGUGGAUCCAAAUAGAGCAUCAGAUAAAUUCCUCCCUCCUUUAAAGAGAUUAAGAUUGCAGCUGAGAGCAAACACACACACUAAUCUGAUAACAGCCUCACAGGCGUUGAGCCUAUUAGUGCGAGGAGUGACCAGGGAGGGGCUGUGCUUGUGUAAGGAAUCUGCAUUCAAUGACCAUUUGCUGAGAGUCUGCUAGGGACCUACACAGAGAAGCAUUAAAUCAGACCCCAGGGAGUUCUCAGUGGAGUAGGGAAAUUGGGCAAGAAAACAAGCAGUGACCAUACAGAAAGUUCCAUGAUAGGCUAAGCCUGAGAGGUGAAAUAAUCACAGUCAUUCAUGAGCUGUUACUGAGUACCUACAGUGUGCAGGGUCCAGGGCAAGGCCCUGAGGAUGUAGGAGUAAACAAAGCAGAGGCUCUCCCAGUCUCCACUCACAGUCUUAUAGGAAAGAGAAAUAAUUCACAAGUUAUUUCCCAAACAGCUACCUAACUACAAUUGUGAGUGCUUUGAGGGAGCAUUUGUUGAAUACUCACUGUGCUAGGCAUUUAGCCCACAUGAUCUCAAACUCCCUAGGAAAGAGGUAGUAUUAUCCCCAUUUUACAGAUAAGGAAACUGAGGCUCUAAGUCAAUUGCUCCAGCUCACGCAGUCAGAAAGUGGGCAGCUGGGGUUUGCCUCAGACUGUCUGAUGUCACAUUCCCUGCUCUUCUCCACCCUGCUGCCUUACAUCUGUCAAAUGGGUACAGCCCAACAAAAGUGACAAAUAGUCCUUGAGUUAGAACCACUGUCAGCUCCACAACGACAGAUUGCAUCUGUCUUGUUCGCCGCUGUGUCCCACUGCCCAGGAUCGCGCCUGGAAUGUUGUAAGUGCCCAAUAAACGCUCACUGAAUGCAUGAGUGAGCACCUAUAGUGCGCCUAGCUCUGUGAAGGUGAAUGGGUGGGGGCUGGGGGAUGAGGGUAGGGAGCCCUGUCCCUUCCUUCGGGACGCUUGGAGGGGAAUAAGUGCAGAGAACACAGGAGGAAGCGCACAAUAACUGGGAUUGAACAACACGGGCGGGCGGUGUCCCAGGCUGCACAGUGAUUCAUCGCCAUGGGAUUGAGACACACAGUAAGUGGCUGUGAGUUGGAGGAAGGAGAGGUCACUGAGGGCUGAAGAGGCCUGGGAAGGCUUCCUGGGUGACCAGAACCUGCCUUCAGUGGGGUGGGUGUGGCCUGUGACAGGGCCUGGGGUGGGAUUUCCAGGUAUGGGGCACGUACUCCAGGAGCUAGGGAAGGAAGAUUGAGCCUGAGCCUCUGCUGAAAAUACUGGGCUGAAGAUUUUGGAUUUGAAUAGAAGGGCUGGCCGUGGUCGUGGUAGUGCUGGAGAGGAGGAGGGAGUCAAGACUGGGACUUAGCUGGAGGGUCUGGCUGGGGUCUGCUGCGGCACAGCUCAAAGCUGGGGGAGAUGGGCAGAAGGCUCUCGUGGUGAUGGCGGUGCAGCUUGUGGUUGGCUGGGGCAUACAGGGCUCUAACUGGAAGGAUUUGGGGGUGGGCGGGGAGAGGCAGGUAUGAGAUGGGACUGGACCGAUUAAGCGGGGGAGGGGCCAGAUGUUCACUGAGAGACUGAGCAGGGGUAUGGGGAGUGAGCGGUCAGGGCAAGGCUGCUGGUGUUAUUGGCAGCUCUGUCCCAGUUAGACCUGCUGGGCUCCUAGUUGCUAAGGAUAGGCUGGGGCAGCUCCCAAUGCCACUUCCAGGGCUAGUCAGCUCUGACCACAGUCCUGACCCCAGUCUUGACGUCUACUCUCUUCUUCCACAUACCUGCCCGUGUCUCUCCUCCCCGCCGUCCCCCACCCUGGUGGAGAGGGAGGGUAGAGGAGCCCCGGGAACUGUGUGUGUACACACAGGUGUGAGUGCCCAGGGGCACGUUUGUUUGGAAGGGGGUCGGGGAGGGUUAACACCUACUCCACAGCCCUAACCGUUUUCAAGCCUUGAUUGGUGCCCAGCCCAAGCUGGCCCUUCAUGAGGGCGGGGACAUUGGGCACUAGGGUGAUUACCGCCAGGAGAAAGGGAUCUGAGAUGUCCUACCUCCUGUGCGUACACUGACUUGGCAUCUCAGCAGGGAGAGGAACGUGACAUCAUCCCUCCUCCCGGCAGCCAAUCCCUCCUGAUUCUGGAGCCUGCCCGGAUGGGGUCCCUGAGGCACAGCCCAGGCCCUGGGGGGCAACGGUUGCUGCCGCCUGCCUUGCUGCUGGCACUUCUGCUGCUGCUAGCUCCAUCCCCAGGCCACGCCACUCGGGUGGUGUACAAGGUGCCAGAGGAACAACCGCCCAACACCCUCAUUGGGAGCCUCGCAGCCGAUUAUGGUUUUCCAGACGUGGGCCACCUAUACAAACUAGAAGUAGGCGCCCCGUACCUGCGGGUGGAUGGCAAGACAGGCGACAUCUUUACCACGGAGACCUCUAUCGACCGCGAGGGGCUCCGAGAAUGCCAGAACCAGCUCCCUGGUGAGCCCUGCAUCCUGGAGUUUGAGGUGUCUAUCACGGACCUCGUGCAGAAUGGCAGCCCCCGGCUGCUAGAGGGCCAGAUAGAGGUCCAGGACAUCAAUGACAACACGCCCAACUUCGCCUCACCAGUCAUCACGCUGCCCAUCCCCGAGAACACCAACAAUGGCUCACUCUUCUCCAUCCCAGUGGCUUCGGACCGCGAUGCUGGCCCCAACGGUGUAGCGUCCUAUGAGCUGCAGGUGGGGCCCGAGGCCCAGGGGCUAUUUAAGCUGCAGGUGGCAGAGGACCAGGACGGAAAGCAGCCGCAGCUCAUCGUGAUGGGCAACCUGGACCGGGAGCGCUUGGACUCUUACGACCUCACUAUCAAGGUGCAGGAUGGCGGCAACCCCCCACGCGCCAGCAGCGCCCUGCUGCGAGUCGCUGUGCUCGACACCAAUGACAAUGCCCCCAAGUUCGAGCGGCCGUCCUACGAGGCUGAGCUGUCUGAGAACAGCCCCAUAGGACACUCAGUCAUCCAGGUGAAGGCCAAUGACUCUGACCAAGGUGCCAACGCAGAGAUCGACUACACGUUCCACCAGGUGCCCGAGGUUGUGAGGCGUCUUCUGAGACUGGACAGGAACACGGGACUUAUCACUGUGCAGGGCCCCGUGGACCGUGAGGACCUAAGCACCCUGCGCUUCUCGGUGCUUGCCAAGGACCGAGGCACCAACCCCAAGAGUGCCCGAGCCCAAGUGGUGGUGACCGUGAAGGACGUGAACGACAAUGCCCCCACCAUUGAGAUCCGGGGCAUAGGGCUGGUGACUCACCAAGACGGGAUGGCUAACAUCUCAGAGGACGUGGCAGAAGAGACAGCUGUGGCCCUGGUGCAGGUAUCUGACCGAGAUGAGGGAGAAAAUGCAGCUGUCACCUGUGUGGUGGCAGGUGACGUGCCCUUCCAGCUCCGCCAGGCCAGUGAGACGGGAAGUGACAGCAAGAAGAAGUACUUCCUGCAGACCACCACCCCGCUCGACUAUGAGAAGGUCAAAGACUACACCAUUGAGAUUGUGGCCGUGGACUCUGGCAACCCCCCACUCUCGAGCACCAACUCCCUCAAGGUGCAGGUGGUGGAUGUCAAUGACAAUGCACCUGUCUUCACCCAGAGUGUCACUGAGGUCGCCUUCCCAGAAAACAACAAGCCAGGUGAAGUGGUCGCUGAGGUCACUGCCAGUGAUGCCGACUCGGGCUCCAAUGCUGAGCUGGUUUACUCUCUGGAGCCUGAGCCGGCUGCCAAGGGCCUCUUCACCAUCUCACCUGAGACUGGAGAGAUCCGGGUGAAGACAUCCCUUGAUAGGGAACAGAGGGAAAGCUACGAGUUGAAGGUGGUGGCAGCCGACCGGGGCAGCCCCAGCCUCCAAGGCACAGCCACCGUCCUUGUCAACGUGCUGGACUGCAAUGACAAUGACCCCAAGUUUAUGCUGAGUGGCUACAACUUCUCAGUGAUGGAGAACAUGCCGGCGCUGAGUCCAGUGGGCAUGGUGACGGUCAUUGAUGGGGACAAGGGGGAGAACGCCCGGGUGCAGCUCACGGUGGAGCAGGACAAUGGUGAUUUUGUUAUCCAGAACGGCACGGGCACCAUCCUCUCCAGCCUGAGCUUCGAUCGGGAGCAGCAAAGCACCUAUACCUUCCAGCUGAAGGCGGUGGACGGCGGCGUCCCACCUCGCUCGGCUUACGUUGGCGUCACCAUCAACGUGCUGGAUGAGAAUGACAAUGCACCCUUUAUCACCGCCCCUUCCAACACCUCCCACCGGCUGCUGACCCCCCAGACCCGUCUGGGUGAGACGGUCAGCCAGGUGACAGCUGAGGACAUUGACUCUGGUGUCAACGCUGAGCUGACCUAUAGCAUCGCCGGUGGCAACCCUUACGGACUCUUCCAGAUUGGGUCACAUUCCGGUGCCAUCACCCUGGAAAAGGAGAUUGAGCGGCGCCACCAUGGGCUGCACCGCUUAGUGGUGAAGGUCACUGACCGCGGCAAGCCCCCUCGCUAUGGCACAGCCUUGGUCCACUUGUAUGUCAAUGACACCCUGGCCAACCGCACCCUGCUGGAGACCCUGCUGGGCCACAGCCUGGACACGCCGCUGGACAUCGACAUUGCUGGGGAUCCGGAAUACGAGCGCUCCAAGCAGCGCGGCAACAUCCUGUUUGGCGUGGUGGCGGGUGUCGUGGCCGUGGCCUUGCUCAUCGCCCUGGCCGUGCUCGUGCGCUACUGCCGGCAACGGGAGGCCAAGAGUGGCUACCAGGCUGGCAAGAAGGAGACCAAGGACCUGUAUGCCCCCAAGCCCAGCAGCAAAGUUUCCAAGGGAAACAAAAGCAAGGGCAAGAAGAGCAAAUCUCCCAAGCCCGUGAAGCCGGUGGAGGACGAGGAUGAGGCCGGGCUGCAGAAAUCCCUCAAGUUCAACCUGAUGAGCGAUGCCCCUGGGGACAGCCCCCGCAUCCACCUGCCCCUCAACUACCCACCAGGCAGCCCUGACCUCGGCCGCCACUAUCGCUCUAAUUCCCCACUGCCUUCCAUCCAGCUGCAGCCCCAGUCACCCUCCGCCUCCAAGAAGCACCAGGUGGUGCAGGACCUGCCGCCAGCCAACACUUUCGUAGGCACUGGGGACACGACGUCCACGGGCUCUGAGCAGUACUCCGACUACAGCUACCGCACCAACCCCCCCAAAUACCCCAGCAAGCAGUUACCUCACCGCCGAGUCACCUUCUCCGCCACCAGCCAGGCGCAGGAGCUGCAGGACCCGUCCCAGCACAGUUACUACGACAGUGGCCUGGAGGAGUCUGAGACGCCGUCCAGCAAGUCCUCCUCGGGGCCCCGACUCGGUCCCCUGGCUCUGCCUGAGGAUCACUAUGAGCGCACCACCCCCGAUGGCAGCAUAGGAGAGAUGGAGCACCCCGAGAACGACCUGCGCCCUUUGCCUGACGUCGCCAUGACGGGCACAUGUACCCGGGAAUGCAGCGAGUUUGGCCACUCCGACACGUGCUGGAUGCCUGGCCAGUCGUCUCCCAGCCGCCGGACCAAGAGCAGCGCCCUCAAACUCUCCACCUUCGUGCCUUACCAGGACCGAGGAGGGCAGGAGCCUGCGGGCGCCGGCAGCCCCAGCCCCCCGGAAGACCGGAACACCAAAACGGCCCCCGUGCGCCUCCUGCCCUCCUACAGUGCCUUCUCCCACAGUAGCCAUGAUUCCUGCAAGGACUCGGCCACCUUGGAGGAAAUCCCCCUGACCCAGACCUCGGACUUCCCACCUGCAGCCACACCGGCAUCCGCCCAGACGGCCAAGCGCGAGAUCUACCUGUGAGCCCCCUUCUGGCCGGCCGGCCAUCCCUUCCCCAGCCACCGGCCAGCUCCCAGGCGGGCCCAUGCCAGGGCCCCUGCUCCUGACCCCUCCAGCGUGGACUUCCUGGCCAGGGCCCUGAGUGGGGGGGUUACUGGCCUCAUGACCACGCUGGCCCUUCCCCCAUGCAGGGUCCAGGUCUUCUUCCCUCACUUCAGCCCCCAAACCCUAGGGAGCCCCCUCUUCCCCUUUAUGGGGCUCCCCCCAGCUGAUGCCCAAGAGGGCUCCUCUACAAUGACUAGGCUCCGGUUCCUCGACUUCCAGGGAUCACCCCCUCACUUUGGGCAGAUGGCAGAGUCAAGGGUGGGCAGCACACUUUUAACUCAUUGUGCCCCGCAUGGCCAACCAGGGCGGGCAUAGGACGCCCCCAUUCCAGCCCUGCAGCAGGGCUGAACUGGGGAGCCCCUCUCCCUGGGAACUCCCAGAGGAAACUCUUGACCGCCAGGGGCUCCCUGAAGGGCUGUUGUUACCAAAGGUGGGGUGGGAUGGCGGUGGGAGUGGGGCGGAGGCCUUGUCUUCCUAUACUGCUCCUGGGCUGGCCCACCUGCCUGCCGCAUGCCCAUGCCUGGUCCCAUCCGGGCCCCCCCCCCUUCCCACUGGUCAUGCAGUGUCUGUAUAUAAGGACCUUGGAAUGACGUCCCCAUUUCUGCCUGAUUUGCAACUUUUCUUGUUGAUGUUGUGUUGUCUUGGGGGGGCCCCUCUGGGGGGAGACCUGCCCUGCGCCCCCUCUUCCCUGCCGCAGUGCCCCCCACCCCAGGCCUCUAUUGUUCCAUGUUGUAAAUACCCCUGGGGCUGUGGCAGGAUGGGGGUGCAGGCCAGGGAAACAAGGGGGGUGGGGGUGGGGAUGGGGGAACACUCGCCUAUCAGCAGAGCUGGGCUUUUAUUUAAUUUUUUUUAAGAAUACAAAUCUCUAUUUUUUUGGAACUGUUGCGCUGUGCCCUGGGGUGGGGGGGACCCCUGCUCAGGCUGGCCCCCACAUCCAGACGAGCAUCACGGAGGGGCCCUGAGGCUGUGGGGGGCAGCUGGCCGGGGGUGGGGAGACUGUGCCUCUGGCCUGGUUGGGUGAGUUGGGAGCAGGAAGGUUUGCUCAGGGGGUGGCUGGUUGCUGCCCCCAACGGGGGAUACCUGCACCCUGCCCCCUCUCCGCUCUGCACCCCCCCCCCCAAGCCCCUGCCAUGACUGACCCGUCAGCCUGUAAAACCACCAUUGCCUUGAUCUCAGGGGGUGGGAAGGGCUGCCUCAGGGCACCCUGGGCUCCAGGCCCCCUUCUUCCAGUUGGGCUUCCCUUUGCCAGGGUCAGGGGUCCCGUGGCGUGGGGGGAUCGGGGGGCAGAGAAGCCCAGUCAGCCAUGAUGAGGUGGGAUUCUUUUCUUCACCUCAGGGGGCCAGGGUGUGAGGGGCAUCCUGCAGAGGCCCCAUCUCCCACUGUGGCCAUCUCAAAGCCUCAGCCCCUCUUCCUUCCACAAACCCCCACUGCCUUGGCCCAUACCUCUCCGGCUCCCCAGGGGCCCAGGCUGGGAGGCUGGAGACUCAGGGUAUGGCCCUUGCUUGACUUAGUCUAAGCUUGGGGGCGCGGCCCAAGGGUGGGAGGGGUGGGUACAGGCUGCUGGGUCGUCUGGUGCCUUUGGGAGCUGUGCUGCUGGAGUCUUGACUCCUGUAACCCCAGAGACCCCACCUCCACCCCUGAAAGCCAGGGGGCUGAAGAAUCACCUUGUUCUCUGCUCCUUGCCCCUAGCUUGGCUUGGGGUAACAGUGCUGGGAAGGAGAGCAUUGUUAGGCUCGUGGCCCCAGCAUACACAGCCCUUCAGUGGAGGGUGGAGGGGGGUGGUGUAGAGUGGCCUGGGGUGGCAGCAACCAGGUCUAGGGAUUGGCCAAAGGCUCCUUUCCCUGGGGGAGGCCCAGGAAGUGGGCUGGGGCUUGUUAAAGAGACAGCCCCUUCCCCCUGCACAAACGGGGCAGGUGCAAUAGUGGUGCAGUUGGUAACCUGAGGUGCCCCGCUGGUGGGUCAGUGGCCUCGAGGGCUGUCCUGGGUCCUGGGGGUCAAGAUUCUGGCAAGAAGAUUGUACGAGGCCCAUUUGCUUGGUGGAGAGGGUGGUCCAGACAGGAGGCAUUCCUGGGGUCAGUGGACUGCCCCUGGAAGCCCCUGGUGGCCUGGGCACCCUGGCCUGGUCUCGGAGACCCCUGCGCACUAGGUGGAAGGGCAGAGGAGCAUUUUGCACAAUGGAGAAGCCAGAAGGAAGGGGGUGGCCCAGGUGGCUGGGAGGGCUGAGAAGCACAGAGGAGGAGCCCUUCCCACAGGCAAAGGCAGAGACCCUAGCCCCCUGGCUGGGGUUGGGGCACUGAGUCUGUCACCACCUGGGCACUUGAGAGGUGAAACCAAAGGUGGGCAGGGGAUGGGUGACAGCACUGGGGACCAUGCCUGUUGGUCCUAGGUCUGUGAAGCCCUUCCCCAAUGCCUUGUGUCGCGUACAGUUUUAUGUACAAAUAGGCGACAUUUGGCCAGAGGAGACCCCGCUCAAACCCAGCCUGACCCAGUCAGUGUCUUCCUAGAGGGGACCUAGUCUGUCCCUACCCCCUACUUCAGAGCAUGUCUCUUGGUAGGGGGAGGGUAUAUGGGGACAUACUUCUCUCCUAGGGUCCCUGAAGCGUGUCUCACAUCCUCGGGGGAGGGUCUCUGGGGCAUCCCUCACCUCUGGGGGCUCCCUAGGCCCUAUCUCUCCCCUUGGGAGUCUCUGGGUGGGGGGGACAUGUAUUCCCGCUGGGGACCAUGGGAGCAUGUCUCCCCCGCUACCCAGGCUCUCUGGGGAGCCUGUUGUCCUCCCAGGGUUUCUCGGAGUACUUAAGGCAUGUCAGUCUUGGGCCAUCUCUCUUCCCAGGGAAGGGGGCUAUCUCUGAAGCAUGUCUGGGAAGAGAUGUUUCUGGCCCUCCCUGCACCUCUCCCCCAGGGGUGUCUCUGACCUGCAGCACUUCGGAUGAGACUGGGCAGCUCUGAGCUGUCUUUUCUCCCAGGGGCUCUGGGAUACCUCUCUCUCCUGAGGGCCCGGCCUCUGGAGCCAUUUCUUCCCUGUGUGGGGGCCGUCUCCUGGUGUUUGGUUGGCCUGUUUUGGCCAAGAGAAAGCCUCUUAGGGGGCGUCUCCACGCGGGACUUCUCUGGGAGGGGGGACUGUGUCUCGCCCAUGGGGUUCCCCGGCGGUGUGUCUGCCUGUGGGGAGGGGGAGACUGUGUCUCCUCGGGUUAUCUGAGUGGGGAGGGGGGCCGUGU